AUGGCCUCAAAGCGCCCUCGCGCAGCCUUCGAGGCCGAUCAAUCUCACUCGCCCUAUGCCGUCUAUGGAACUCCGUUACCGCCGCUGGAGGAUGGUGCGCGCGACGAUGGCUCCUACUUACCAGUCUGGAAACAAGAGGUGACCGACGAGAGAGGCAGGAAGCGAUUACACGGCGCCUUUACUGGCGGCUUCAGUGCUGGAUACUUCAAUACUGUCGGCUCGAAAGAAGGAUGGACGCCCGCGACCUUUGUCUCGUCCCGCCAGAAUCGCGCCCGAGAUGCGAAGCCGGCUGCGCAGCGACCGGAGGAUUACAUGGAUGAGGAGGAUCUACGAGAGCAGGAAGAAUCACGGAAUCUCAAUACAACGGAGGGCUUUGCUGGCUUCGGAUCUACCGAGACAGAUGCCACUCGCAGAGCGGGGCUUAUGGAUAUACUGAAAACGGGCGGGGAAACAAUGGGAGUGAAGCUGCUCAAGAAGAUGGGCUGGAGGGAAGGACAGGGAAUCGGUCCAAAGGUCCGCCGCAAAGCCAAUCUGGACGAGAGUGCACCUGCCUCGGAGGAAACAUAUCUCUUCGCGCCGGAGAACCCGCCCAUGGUCGCAUUCGUCCGCAAGACAGAUCACAAGGGUCUCGGAUUCUCGGGGGAGACGCACCUAGAAAAGCCCGGUCAACAAACCCAAGACGAGGAUGAAGAGUCUGAUUCGUUUUUCGGGGAUCGCUUGGCUACCAAGAAGAAAGCGGCAAAAAAAUCACAACGGGAAGGCUUCGGUGUCGGCAUUCUCAAUGACACCGGGUCCGACGACGAGGACCCGUACUCUCUGGGCCCUCAGAUCUCAUACAACAAAACCAUUGGCGGCAAGAAGAAGAAAGCGAAAGAAUCAAAACCGACCAUCGCAUCGUCAAAUCCUUUGCUCAGUGCCAAGCCUGUUUUCAUAUCUAAAAAGAUUGCUGCUGCUCGAAGUACGGGCGGGUUCAGAAAAUGCCGCGACGGACGGUUACCGCUGGACGGAUUCGUUCUUGCAGACAGCCUCAUGGGGUUGUCGAUCUCUGAAAAGAAAUAUGACCCUCCCCAGGUUCCAGAGGGAUGGAAAUCAACCAGAAAAUCUGCCACGGAGCGCACAUCAGACUAUGUCUCUACAGCAGAUGCAGCCAAGGCAUCCUCCCUCGACCCGACUUCCAGAGCGGCGGCCCUAGGUGAAGCUCAAUUACCGGGCAAAUCGAUCUUCGACUGGAUGACACCAGAGGCCCGCGAACGAAUUGCGAAGCUUACGGGCAAAACCAACCUCCCACCAGCUAUGAGUGAAAAGGCACCAAAAGGUUAUGAGCUAUCAGAAUCCGAUCGACGUCGGGAUCUUUGGGAUCUUGUCCCAAGCUUGGACAAACAAACCGCGGUCCAAGCCUUAACUCGAGGUGUCAGUGGGUGGAUGCCCUAUGCCGAGGAUGAAGCAAAGCGUGCCCGUUACCGCACCUUCAUCGAGGUCCGAGCUGGUCUUCGCGACACUCUUCCUGACCGAGUUCCGGGAUCCAGCACCGACGAGUGGGUCACCGAGAUGCAGGAGUUUGCCCGGGCUGCCGAGGUAUUCAAGCCCAUGUCUGGCGUGAUGGCAUCUCGGUUCACAUCGGCUUCAUCAGGACCUAAGGUUGUCUCUGACGCGCCGGACUCUUCUGAUAACCCGCUCAGUCGGCCUGUUGAGAAACCGGAUGACCCAGCUGUGGCCGCUGCCAAGAUUGGAAUGUUCGGACAAAUGACUCGAAGUACACAUAAUUUCUUUCCGACCCGUCUUCUCUGCAAGCGGUUCAAUAUCAAGCCCCCUGACCAUGUACAGCUUGAUCCUGGGAGCCGAUCGGGUGAUCCUAAAAAUCAUGGCACUCGUUUCCAGUCGGGUGGUUAUCAGACCGACUCGAAACCCAAGGAUCUGAUUUCGAAAGAGGUUAUGGAUAUGAUUAUGAUUGAGUCGGGUCGCCAGCCAGUUCCCGUUUCAGGUGAGGCUAGUGUGCCAGCAGCACCUGUCGUGGAGCCUGAGCACAAUGAAGCCCUCGAGGCUGAGCGGCCAGGCGAUGCGAUCUUCAAAGCAAUUUUCGGCAGCGACGACGAGGACGAGGAAUGA